GGAGAAUUCAAUCCACUGAAUUCCGUGCAUGGAAAAUCCCUAAUUGCGGCUAAGCUCGCGUUGCGGUAGUAGGAGUCGGUUGCAAGAAUCUUGCUGCUGAAUCCUAUCACCGUGAGGAUUGAUGAACGUCACUUGGAACUAGGGUAGGUGUGGAGUAUCUUACUACCGUUUUUGAAAGACCAGGUUGUGAAGCGAGGGAAUGAAUUUUAAAGCGUUAAAAGCUUGUUAGUUAUUUCACGAGUACGUGUGUUCGUUUCAGGUUCUAAUGAACUGAAUUAUGCUUAGUAUUGCUAUGGCUUAUUGUUGGAGGGAGAAUCAAGCACAUGUAACGCAGAUCAAGGAGAAGGAUGGUGGAGUGGUGGUGGGGAGUUGUAGGGACGGUAGUCCCUGCAUUAGUGGUUCGUCAGGCGAUCAAGACGUCCCGUAACCGUGAAGAAGCGCAGCUUCAGGGAAGAGACAACAAAGGGUCCACGGAUCAGUUUGUGUGUGAACGCGUUUGCACGUCGAAGAGAAUGCUUAGUAGGGUUGGAGCUUUCUCCAAAGAUCCCACACCAGAUACUUGUGUCACAGUCUGCGGGGUCAGCGAGGUGGAUGCUUGCUCCGAAGCUUGUGUCCGCUCUGUCUGUGCGAAUGCACACCAUGUUCCUAACUGGAAUGACAUCUGCCUGCGUCGGUGUCAAACUCAGUGUAUUAAGGACUCUGACCAGCGCACGGCCAUGGCCAGGAGAGCAGGAAAAUUGGCUUAGUUUCUGCGGCCUGUAGUUGAGUUUCGAAGCUCCCUUCCAGCAGGAUGUCUGAAAACAAGGGUUUUGCACUUGUGACGAUCCUCGUGAACACACCACUAUUUUUUGACCUGCAGUUGGCCGUAUGAGUGCCCGAACAUUCUCAUUCUGUGGCAUGUUGGUUCACUCAUGCCUCAAUGUAACCUAGGCAAGCUUCCAAUUUCAUUGAUUUAGCAGUUUUGAAUAGCUACCUAUGUCAUAUGGCAUCAUGUAUUUCGUAGGUCUCUGCUUUGCAGCUUAAUAGAUCAUCUGUAACCGAGAUCAACAUGCCUUCUCAACGUGUCUUGAUUUUGAAGAACUCAAAUUUCUGAAGCUUUCA